AUACUUGGCAUCUGUUCAAGAGCUCUCUGGUGUGUGUGUGUGUGUGUGUGUGUGUGUGUGUGUGUGUGUGUGUGUUCUUGUACGGCCUCACUCUAAACAAGCAGCAGGACAUUUCGCAGAGUCGGACAUGAGACACUUAUUGAGCCUUCAACGUGUGGCCACCAGGGCCUUCAAUACAACAGCCAGGCAAAUGAGGAACAGGGUUCCAGAGAAGCAGAAGCUUUUCCAGGAGGAUAAUGGUUUGCCUGUCCACAUCAAAGGGGGAAGCACUGACAUGCUCCUCUACCGUGUAACCAUGACCCUCACUAUUGUUGGCACUGGGUUUUCCUGUUACUGGCUUCUGGUGGCUUCGAUGCCCAAAAGCAAAGCAGAAUAAGAAGAGGACCUGAGAAAACUGUUCAUGUGUCAUAUGAAUGGAUUUUAAAUGACUUCCUACUGUACAGACAAUUCUGAUUAAAGACAUUCUUGAUGUUUAGUGUGUAUAAAGUAAA